CCUGUGCCGGUGCGGGUUCAAAUAACGGUCCGUGUGUGAGAAGAAGCGCUUUGACUUGCAGGUCGGGUCAGAUGAUGCUGGGAGGGGCCGGUUGGACUGGUACCGGGACCGGACGCGCUGUGAAUGUGACGGGUUCGGACAGCACCGACACCACCGGGCGGUGGAGGCUGAUUGCUGCUGUUUCCGAGGAGGAGAAGAGGAGGAGGUGUGAUUCUGCGGGGACUCUCCGCCUCCUUCUUCCCCACGUAGGGAGCGCGCUGCGCGGCUUGGAGAGGCGUGACGCACCCGAACCGCAUCUCCAGGAUGGCAGGUCCUCCUGAGGGGCCUUCGGCUCUUUGUAGCGGGACCGCACCGCCGGUCCUUUGAGGACGAUGGACGCUGUGACCUCGCCAGGCCCCAGCUCCAGCACCAGGACCAGGAUGGAACGCAGAACCUCGGCCUGCAGACAAACCCUAGGUGUGGUCCUGCUGGUGGCUGGCACAUUGGUUUCCAUGGUGACCUCAAGCUCACCUGCUGCAGUUGUGCUGGAAUUCAACAGAACGACUGAUUCUUCGUCACAUCCGUCAUCACCACCAUCACCAUCAUCAUCCUCCACCUCUUCUAGACCCUCACCUCCCAGCCACCCCUCAGACUCUGGAUACCACAGUAACGGUGGUGGUGCAGGCUCAGCAGAGGACCCAGACUCUGGUGCUCAGGGGAUCCACCUCCUCCUGAGACCUCCAGACCUCCUGUCCCCCAGUCUACCUCCACCACUCCCCCCACAUAGCCAGCCCACCCUCACUCCUCCUCCCCCCUGGGAACAGGGGCCCUCGCUGGAAGAGGCCUGGGGAUCUGGGGACUACCUGGAGACUCUGUCCUUCAUGGUACCUGAAGGUGACGAGAUGGCUCUCGCCACGCCACUGCCCAGCCACCCCUAUGAUGGGGACAAUGGGGGGGACUGGGUCUCUUAUGACACCUCCUUUCCUGCUCGCCCCACCCUCUCACUGUCAUCCAAACUUCCCCUCUCCCCCUCCUCCUCAACCCCCAACAUUCCCCUUCACACUCAGCCGGCCCAUCCGGAUGUCUUCCCCACCUGGGAUGAGGACUAUGACUUGGAGGACAUGAUCCCACUGGAGCCGACGGAAUUGCUGCUGCCCGACAUGAACAGCCUGGAGUACUACACAAACCUGUUGGCUCGGGAGAGGGAGAAGGAGAAGGAGAAGGAGAAGGAGAAGGAGAAGGAAAAGGUAAAUGAGAACGACUCCAAACCUGUCCUUACACCUACAGCAACACACACCCACCAUCCACCUUCUACCCCAUCCUCGAGCCCCAUUGCUCCUGUAGGAUUGGAGCCUAAGCAUCCCCCAAGACAGCCCACACCUCCCCUCACCCUUACACCUAUCCUCACAGGUGAGGAGAAGACACCUGCUCCAUCAGCCACCCCCAAGAUCCCUUCCACCCCUACUGCUCUUGUUCCAAAACACAAAGACUAUGUCUCGGUCCCAAGCAGGCACCCUUCCCGAUCCCCGUCCAACACCACCAGCUGGGUGCCUCCCCCUCCGCCGCUGGGACCCCCCACCCGCCCUGAGAGGCCAGAGAGGCCCACAGUGGUCACUGAGAUGCCAGAAAAGGCUCCUCCCACCAAGGCUGCAACCACUACUAAGGCUACCACGACAACAACCACCGCCAUCAUCACCACCACCCAAAUCACAGCCAUCAGCCUGACCAGAGCCCCUCCAGUCACCACACCCAGAGUGGCCCAGACACCACCCACCAGACAAUACCUGUGCAAUGUCACCAAGCCAGAAAUGUACCUGGUCAGAGUAGUUAGCUCCAAAGGCUCGUCUGCUGGUUUCAGUCAGGUCCGAGAUCUUCUGAAAAAAGACUUCAACCGCUCAGUGGAGCUGCAGUUCCUAAGAACUCCAUCCAGUUUUGCCUUUCGCGUUGUGUCGGGACCGCUGAUCUUCACUGCCAUGUCCGUCAUCAAUGCCCUCCGCCGACCGCCGCCACGCUUCGGCCCCAUUCCCACAGUUUCACCACUGUACACCAUACCUGACCUCAGGUAUCAGAUCCACUCUGUGCUGCAGUUUGUUCCCACUCAUGUUGACAUCCGAGUCUGCAACUUCAGUGAACGGGUGGAGAGAGGGCUCACCAUGGCGUACGCAGAGACACGGAAGAGAUUGCAUGAGGGAGGGAACGCCACUGUACAGUUGCUGAACAUCACCAUAAGCGUGGCCCGGCCUGCGGUGGAGCAGAAGGUUCCCGUCGACAUCAUGUUUGCGGUGCGGGAUGGCCGGGGCUACCUGACGGGGUCAGAGGUCAGUGAACACCUGAGGAAGCUCAGCCUGGUGGAGUUCAGCUUCUACGUGGGAUUUCCUGCGCUGCAGAUCGCUGAACCCUUUCACUACCCUGAGCUCAACACUUCACACCACCUGCGCUCCACCUGGGUCCGUACAGUCCUGCUGGGAGUUCAGGAGCAGCUGGUGGCCGAGAGAAGCUUUAAGGCUCGUCUGGAGAGACGUCUGGCUCUGCUGUUGGAGGAGGGACUGCAGGAAACCAGUAGGAGGCGCUGGAAGAGAGCCACAGCAGUGGGCAACAACAGUCUACAGGUGGUGCGGGUCUCCAGGCUGUCAGGGGCAGAGCGCCCUCUGGAGGUCUUUUAUUUUGUGGAGGGUCCUGGUGGAGAGAGGGUCCCUGCUGAGGUGACCGCCGCCACUCUGAACCGUGUGGACCUUCAAAGGGCCGCCAUUGUCCUUGGACACCGUGUGCAGAGACCGCUGGCCCAACCUGUGGAGACGAUCUCUGUCCCUCCAGCUGAGACUCAGAGCAGCAGCAUCUGGCUGAUUGUCGGUGUUGUUGUCCCAGUCGUACUGGCCGUCUUCAUCAUCAUCAUUCUGUACUGGAAGCUCUGCGGUUCCGAGAAGCUUGAGUUCCAGCCGGACGCCAUUAACACCAUCCAGCAGAGGCAAAAGCUUCAGGCUCCCAGCGUUAAAGGCUUCGACUUUGCAAAGCUUCACCUGGGUCAGCACAGUAAGGAUGACAUCAUGGUGAUCCAGGAGUCCGGUCCACUUCCUGUACCAGUAAAGGAAGCCACGCCCUCUGAUGGCGGAGACCUCAACACCCCCAAAUCCAAAGGAUCAUCCACCAAGGUGUCGCGGCCGAGCCGCCGCAGGGGGAGGCUCAGCCCAUCAGACGGCGACUCGUUAGGAAGCGACCAAUCGAGCGGCAGGGAGUCAGCAGAAGAAAGCACCCGACCUGUGGCCACACCCAGCGAGGGGAAACAGCACAGGAAGACACCCAAAAAUGGGAGGAGCAAAAUGGGUGCUCCAUCAGGCAGCGGCCCGGACGAACUUCUGUCCUCGUCCUCCAUCUUUGACCAUGUGGACCGCCUGUCCCGCGGGUCGUCUGACGGCACCCGUCGUCAGGCCAACAAGGUGCAGCUCAUCGCUAUGCAGCCACGUCCGAGCCCACCGCAGCCACACGCCCCAUCACAGCCAAGCCCCUCCCUCACUGAAAAGGUCAACACAGAGGUGGCGCUGCGGCACAAGUCAGAGAUCGAGCAUCACCGGAACAAACUGCGACAGCGUGCUAAGAGGCGGGGCCAGUGCGAGUUUCCCUCCAUGGAUGACAUCAUGGACGCAUUUGGAGAUGGUCCGGUUCAGAGUGAGGCGGCACAGCGACUCUACAGCUCUGCCCACGACCACAUGGACUGCAUCCUGCAGGCCGAUGCUGCCUCACCCCCAACUCCCACCGACUCCAGAAAAAGAGGGAGGCGCUCUCCUAGGAGUCGGCGGGCUCAGCCAGGACCUGGAAGUCUUCCUGACACAGACAGAGACCGGCUGCUCACCGAUCAGAGCGCCACCUACAGGAAAUACCCCGGACUCAACAACGUGGCCUACAUGUCGGACCCCGACCUGCCCCCGGACCACGGCAGCCCCUCCCCCACUGACGAGGUCUUUGACCCUGCCCCGGCCCCGCCCCCCUACAUGCCCCCCCAGCCCUCCAUUGAAGAGGCCCGGCAGCAGAUGCACUCUCUUCUGGAUGACGCCUUCGCCCUGGUGUCGCCGUCCUCGCAGGGCAGCGCCGGGGUAAGCUCUGCCCUGCCCAGCCCCUCCCCUCAGAGCUGGCCCCCAAACCAGCAGUGGGGCUCUUACCCAGCAGCCCCCCCUCACAGCCCCUUCUCUGCAAGAUAUGCAGAGCUGGGGAUGUCCCCCACCUCAGUCCAGGGCCUCCUGCAGAGGCAGGGGCUGAGCUCAGGAGGGUAUGUGUCUACUGGAGAUCAGCUGCAGGAGUCCAUUUACUCCAACAGGGGGCAGUAUGAGGACCCACCCUCCUCCUCUAGACCUCGACCUGUAGGAGGGAGCACAGGUGCACAGCUCCAUCACCUAACCCAGGUGGGUCUGUCCAGUCAGAUUGGUGCAUACCCUGGGGUGGGUCGCAGCAUGUCGGGCCCCACUGGCUCUAGCUGGAAUCAGCAGCACUCAGACCAGGACCUUUCCAGGCCGGGAGCCAGCAGAGAGAGCGUGAUGUCCUUUCCUGAGUUCUCCUCUUCAUCUGUUUUCCAGAUGCCCAGCUCCUCAUUGCGGGACCCGUCAGCUCCACCUCUCCUCCUUACCUCACCUACUCCAGAAUAUCCGCCUGAGGAUGCAUCACCAUCCGCCCACACCUCCGCCUCUCUUAUAAAGGCCAUCAGGGAGGAGCUGCGACGUCUCGCACAGAAACAGGCGGCAGUGACCAGCUACCCGUAAACUGGUUUGGACCUCUUUGGAUCAGGACUCAGCUGGUUUUGAAAGUUUUAAACCACAUAGAACCUGAAAGGUCAAAGGGAAACCAUGAAACUAACCAAUUUACACUCUGGGCUCUGUUGAGCUAGUGUACAUCUGUGCCGGUAAACCCAAAACAAGUCUGGACCACAAUCCAUGUCUGAAAACUUGGACGUCUCUCCUGGAGACCUCCGGUACUUUACAGGGUCCUGAACUGUCUGUCCGUCACUCUCAGCUCUGUUUCAUUAGACAUGAGUUUGACUUGUAUUUUCCACUGAAGUGCUUCCUAAAGAGCAUCAUUAAUGAUCAUCCUUCCUGAACCUCUUGAUUCAGUCGUUACUUUUUAGACCUCUGGAGCAGCAAUUCAUUCCUGAACUUGUGGAGUAGAUGGUCCUUGAUGGUCUUCAACCCGAUUGGCCUCUUGGUCUUCUGGAGUUUAGUCAUUGGAGAGUUCAUUCUGGCCUCCUGGAGUUCUUGAGGGUUUUGGUCCAGCCUAAUAUUGGGGGACAGUUGGAGCAGCUGCUUUUAUUAAACCCAGUUCUAACUGCAAGAUCAGUAUUUGAGACCAGUCUAGAGUGAACUUUAUGUUGACUGCACCAGCCAGCCUUAACUACGCCCGGUGGUAGCAAGCUCGUUUACUCGAACAUGCACAUGGCGAUGGGUGUUGUGUAACAGCAAGCAUUCUUGCUAACUGUUUACUUUUGGUGUUUUAGUGGUUAACACAUUUACUUGGGAAACAAAAGGUCACUGGUUUAAUUCUAGUUACUUGAGGAAGGGCCUUCAUUGUAAACCUCUACCACAUCAAACUUGUACAGCUGUUGUGACCCCCUGUGGUAAGAGAGCAGCUAAAAACAGCUUUUUUUAAAAUUUAGAUGAAAGUAAAUUAAAAAAAAAAUACUACAAAUAAGAAAAUUGAAACAUCAUUAGUUAUCUCAAAGACACACUGAUCGCCAAGCAGUCUAACGUGAUAGAACAUGAGAAGCAUGGCAUUAGGACCUAAAUAAGUCAUUUUAUUGACCGGGCAUAGACAGAAGACCUCCUGGGUAAAACAAGGAUAUGGUCAUGUAAUUGUUGAUGCUCAUGAAGCACAAGUGUGAUAAAGUGCAGCACCACUAAAUGCUCGGUCAUGAAGCAACUCAAACUUUAAGGCUUUCCAGUCAGUUCAAACAGAUGAAGAGAGUCAACUCCUCGUCGUUGUAUCUGUAACAGUCUGUCUAGCUUGCUUGUUGUAAAAUUAAUUUAUUGCUCAUAGAAAAAAAUGCACAGUGGCUCCGUGCCUCAGAGGGUCCUGGUUUUGAGCUUGGGUCGGACCUGCUAUGCAGUGGUUGUAUGUUUUUGUUGUGCUGGUGAAGUUUUCUCUGGGAGCUCGGGUUUUCUCAGUGUUGAUGAAUGUACUAGGUCAGGUAGCUUAUCUUGUUUCAAAUCAGUCUGCUAAAAGAGUGUAUAGUUCUCAACAAUUUCAUUUUCUGGUUUGAAGAACAGGCCAAGAUUUGCAAGAAGACUUAAGGCUGAAUGGUGCAACUACCAAUACUUCUCAGGCCUGACUUAGAACAUCAGGUUAUGAAUACCUUCUUAAGUUAGUGCAACCAACCUUUGGAGAAGAACUGCCCGUCUAGUCUUUCAGAACUUCAUGAUCGUUCCUGGAGUUCUAGAGUGAAUGGAUCUCCAGGGAAUCUAUCUGUUGGAACCUCUGCGAAGUGCUGUCCUUAAUGGCCUUCUGGUGGUUCAUCCUAUUGGGGUAGAUGGUUAUUCUUGACCUUUUGAGUGGAUAUUUCCCUCUGGACCAAUUCCUCCUAAAGUUCUGAAGUGGAUUGAUUCUCUGGACCUUCUGUGGUGCUAACUGUCAGCCUCAUACCAUCUUGUCAUUAACCACUAAUUGCCUUCCACACUCCCAUCAGCCACGGUGGUCUGGUGUCUGUUCAUAAACCAUAUCAAUGAGGUCUUUGCACUGUCGACAGCUGGAGGUGCCGCACAGUUCCUGCUGCACGAGGAUGCAAAAUAAGAAAAAUAAUAUUUAUAGCUAUCUAUAAGAAUGAAUAAAUAUAUGUAAAGAGAUAGAAUCCCAAUGAGCACAAUAUUAAUGUAAGAGUUAUUACUGGAGUAUUGAGAUGUUACUUAUUUUUUAUUGCUUAUAUAUGAAAGUAUACUUUAAAUGCUUUAUUUUGAUCAAAAAAAAGACCAAACUACUGUUCUAUGGUUGUAAUCCUCUUGUGUUUAAGCUCGCUGUAGAUUUUGAGCUAGCAUUUGUUUCUCUGUGGAAACGUUGCUUAGCGUAGCCGCUCGCGUGUUCAUGUAUCGGUGGCAAUGAAAAAAAAUUCAGCUAAUGCAUUGCUUUGGUAUCGAGCUUUUUGUCGCUGAUUUGUUGCAUCCAUCAGUCUGUGAGCAGAGCGCUAUAGACAAGUGGGUAAAAAGUGUUUGUCAGAGAGGGGAACUAGUCAUUCAUCACCGCCGCAAGGUGGUUCUUCCUCAGAGGAGAGCUGCUUCAUAAACUCACUGAGAGAUGUCUCAUCAGAGCUGCCUGAUGAUCCUGAUGAAGGGAAAAGCAAAUAGUGAUAAGGUUUAUAUUUCCAGGACUCCAGGCUGAUCCUUUGUCUCACAUGUAGAACACGUCAGGAAGUGCUCAUUUCAGCUGUACUCUUCAGUGAUACUCUGAGUACACUGUGUGGUUCAGGUGAGGGAUCUGCCCAGGAAAUUUCCCAUUAUGUUAGCUUCAUUGUUCUCACAUGAACUACAGACUUCAUGCCAGGACAUUGCAGGUAAAGGUGAUAAUGUUUAACCUGCAGCUCUGUCGGGCGAUUAAGAGCAUAAAUAACUUUUCUUUGUUCCAGCCUGUGGCUGAAUCCUCACACUCCCCUGAAAGGUUCGCACCGUUUCAUCAGGGGAGGAAAAUAAGGUUUGUCAUUACUGACCUUUUAUACUAUUGAAUAUUUAUAUUUUUAUUAUUGACCUUGUCCAGUGAGUGAAGUCUGCAGAACCUUCUGGAAGUUUGUAGAAGACCGCUUUGCAGACAUGAUUGUAGAUCCAGAGAAAUGUCUCCCCAUGUGGACCUCCUGAUAUUGUCUCUGCAUCUAUUGUUUCAACCUUUAGUUUCAUGUCCUGGCUGCAUAGCUGAGCGGCUGGUUCCUCUCUUUGCUGAUUGGCUGUCCUCUCUGUGGUGUGUUGGUGGUCGGUCACUCAUGGUGAAGGUUUGUUUGCAUCUGCUCUCUGCUCUUCUUCAGCAUGUUCAACUAAGUUUGAGGCUUUAGCUAUUUGUGGUGUUGCAGUUAAUGUUUAGCAUGCUGCCAAAAGAUGUAAAAAAAAAGUGAAGAAUCGUUCCACAUCCAGUUAAGAGUGAGCAAAGAGUGAUUCAUGUCACAGUGCCAUGAAAGCACCGUUCAUCCAAGCACAGCCGGAAAAAACACACCAUGAGAACCAUCAUGUUUUUGUUUUUUAGGAGAUUUUUAAGUCUGAAUGAAGAUGCUUAUGGAUGGAGUGGAUAUGAUGUUGAAUAGAAACCUAUUAUAUACGGAAAAGAUUUUAUCUGUGAUUGUUCUGCUGAACAGACUCAAAGACAACACAUUCGUCAUGAACCAGAAACCAACUGCAGAACUCUUUACCUGCUACAGACGAUCUGAUUGGACCUAGCACCUGUCAGUCACGCUGUAGGACUCAGCAAUGCCUACAGGAUCAAAUGGUGCUAAUUCAACGACUCAAGGUGUCUGAAACGAUCAGAUCACCCCAAAAAUGGAAAAUAAUCCUGCAGGUGUCCGAAUAGCAAAGAAAAGUCUGACUUCUCAGCAAACUCUUCAUAAACCUCUCCUGAAUGUUUCUGUUUUCCAGAGACUCUGUUUUCUAGACCUGUGAUCCUCAGUAAGAGUCCAGCAGAUGAGCAGACGCUCAGAGGAUGAUUUUUCAUGACAAAACUACUGAUCAGCACUCUGAGACCUGCUGAAGUUUGCGGGGAUCACGGUUGCUCCCCUCCCUGCAGGCCGAGCCGGUCCAGUUGCUGUCGUGGACAAAAAAUACGAAACUGCGGAGGUAUUGUACAGACGACACAGGAGCUGUAACUUUCCAUUCCGACUUUAUUCCUCUCCACACAACAACUGAACACAUUGGCUGUGUCCCAAUUCAGGGUCUGCACGCUUGAAGUACGCGCACUACGCGUACUACGU